AUGGGGAAGAAUUCUCGACUAGAAACAUGGCUACAAUAUAGAGUUAGGGUUACUAUAAGUGACACAAGAUAUUUUGUGGGGACCUUUCUUUCCUAUGACAGGCACAUGAACAUAGUAUUAGUUGAUGCUGAAGAAUUUCGAAAAGUAAAAGGUCCGGAAAAUUCGUUUAAGGAAAUAAAACGUGUCAUGGGAUUGAUUUUAAUUCGAGGUGAAAAUAUCGUCUCAUUCACUGCAGAAAGAGCACCUUUAAGUAAAAAAUCUUUGACGAAUGCAUUGAAUAAAGGAAUAGCAACAGGAAGAGGAAUUCCGUUAAAUAAUUAUGUACCUUUGCAAAAUAACUUCAACGCCAAUUUAGCAAAUCCAAUGAAUAAUAUGCCAACGGGUAUGGUACUUAAUUCUGGAACUUCCAAAAAUCUAGCACCAGGAGUUAACCCCAAUUUUAGAGGAUCUAAAAUGCCAAUAAGUACUCAACGACCAAUGAUACCUAUGAAUAUGCCAUUGAAUCAACCAUUAGGGAAUGCUAACAAUUCUCAACAGAGAUUGCUACCCCAAAUUCCAAGUCAAUUGCCAUUCCCCCCAAAUAUGAACAACACACAGGAAUAA